AUGGUCCAUGAUAUGGUAAAUCAGAGUUGUGUGAACACAUUCAUCUUGAUUGGCUUCUCUGAAUACCCACACAUCCAGGUCCUGCUUUUCCUUAUAUUUUUAACCAUAUACACUGUCACUGUGGUUGGAAAUUUGGGGAUCAUAGUGGUAAUCAGGAUCAACCCCAGGCUUCAUACCCCCAUGUACUUUUUCCUCACCCACCUUGCAUUUUUGGAUAUGUGUUAUUCCAGUGUGUUUACACCCAAACUCCUAGAAAUCUUAGUUGUGGAAGAACGAAUUAUCUCCUUAGAAGGAUGUAUGAUUCAGUAUUUCUUUGGAUGCACAUUCGUGAUUACAGAAAUGUUUAUGCUGGCCGUGAUGGCCUAUGACAGGUUGGUGGCUGUGUGUAAUCCUCUGCUCUACAAAGUCGUGAUGUCCCACAAGCUCUGUGCUCUCCUCGUAGCUGGGACUUACCUAUACGGUGGCCUCUGCUCAGUAAUACUCACUUACUCUCUUUGGCAACUAUCUUACUGUGAACCGGGCAUCAUAAAUCACUUUGGCUGUGAGUAUUCUGCAGUCCUCUCUGCGUCUUGUUCUGAUCCCUCCUUCAGCCAGAUGGCAUGCCUAUUUAUCUCGAUAUUUAGUGAAUCUUGCAGCCUCCUGAUCACCCUGGCUUCCUAUGUGGUCAUAGUUGUCACCAUCCUGAGGAUGCCCUCUAAGGGGGGCCUGAGGAGAGCCUUCUCCACCUGUACCUCUCACCUGACGGCCAUCAGCAUUUUCCAUGGGGUCAUUCUACUGCUCUACUGUGUCCCCAGCUCCAAAAGUUCUUGGCUCCUGGUCAAAGUAGCCACCGCCCUUUACACAGUCAUGAUCCCCAUGCUGAACCCCCUCAUCUACAGCCUGAGGAACAAAGAUGUGAAGGAGACAGUCAGGAGGCUCAUGCACUCCAAACUGCAUCCUCAAUUGAUAUAA